ACUCGGCUCACCCACAACCACCACAGGCUGCUGCUGCUGGUAUAUAAGGAUUGAUCCCGGCUUGUUCUCUGUCUACCGUCAUCGCUAUCGCAUAAUGGCUGUCUCCUCUGCUACUUCGUCGGCUCCCAAGCCCAAGAACUCACUCACCGUCAUCGACAACCGCACCGGCAAGGCGAUCGAGGUCGAGAUCAAAAACAACUCGAUCCCCGCCACCGCGUUCACCCAGCUCAAAGCGCCACUGGCUAAGGGCGAGCGCGCGGAAAAUGACACGCCCUACGGCCUGCGUGUGCUCGAUCCGGCGUUCGUCAACACGGCGAUGAUCACCUCCUCCAUCACCUACAUCGACGGCAACAAGGGCUUCCUCAUGCACCGGGGCUACCCGAUCGAGCAGCUGGCAGAGAAGUCGAACUUCCUCGAGACUGCCUAUCUGCUCAUCUACGGCGAGCUGCCCAGCAAGUCGCAGUACAAGGUCUGGUCGUGGGAGAUCAUGAACCACACCUUCGUCGCCGAGGAUCUGCAGGCCAUGAUCCGCCAGAUGCGCUAUGAUUCGCACCCGAUGUCGGUCUUCAUCUCUGCCUUUGCCGCCAUGUCGGCGUUUGCUCCUGAAGCCAACCCCGCGCUGCAAGGUCAGGAUAUGUACAUCAACGACAAGUCGAUCAUGAACAAGCAGAUCGUCCGCAUCCUCGGCAAGGCCACGACCGUCGCGGCGAUGGCCUACCGCAUCCGCAUCAACCGCCGCUUCACUCCCCCGCGAUCCGAUCUGUCGUACACCGAGAACCUGCUCUACAUGAUGGAUCACAUGGCCGAACCCUACUCGUACCGCCCAGACCCGCGUCUCGCAAAGGCACUCGACAUCCUCUUCAUCCUGCACGCAGACCACGAAAUGAACUGCUCGACCUCAACCAUGGUUCACGUCGGAUCCUCGCUCGUAGAUCCGUACUCCUGCAUUGCUGCCGCCGCAUCAGCACUCUACGGCCCUUUGCACGGAGGCGCCAACGAGGCUGUCAUCCGUAUGCUGACUCGAAUCGGCUCAGUCGAAAACGUCCCCGCGUUCCUGGAAGGCGUCAAGCAGAAGAAAGAGCUCCUCUUUGGAUUCGGCCACCGCGUGUACCGCGAAACCGAUCCCCGCUCAAAAGUUAUCCGUGAAGUGGCGGACAUGGUCUUUGAAGUCUGCGGCCGCGAACCGCUGAUUGACAUUGCCAUCGCGCUUAAGGACGCCGCGCUGAAAGACGAGUACUUCACAAGCCGCAAACUCUACCCCAACGUCGACUACUGGUCCGGCCUGAUCUACAAAGCCAUGGGCUUCCCGCUCGAUUUCUACCCUGUCCUCUUCGUCGUCCCCCGCGUGGCGGGCUACCUCGCGCACUGGAAACAGCAGCUCGAUUCAGGCAAAAACAAAAUCUCGCGGCCGAGACAGGUCUAUGUCGGCAAGAGCAGACGGGAUUACGUCCCGAUCGACCAGCGCGAGGAUCGCGAGGUUACGGCAAAGGAUGGAAUCACUGCGAUUCCGCAUUAUAUCAGCAAGCGCCGUUUGGCUAAAAUAUAGAUUCGGAGUUUGUUUUGUUUUUGUGUGUGUUUACAUAAGUUAUGUGCAGCUUGAUGGUGUUUUUUCAGAUUUCGAGGCAGAAGAGGUUGUGGUGUAUCGUGGAUGAUACAUAGUAAAACAGGAAAGGAAAUUAUCUUAUGAUUACAAAUUGUUGCCUACAGAAACAAAGAAAAGAACAAAAUAUAGAGUUACAGAAGCGAGU